AUGUCAACGGAGAAUCAAGCUCAACCACCGCUGGACUAUUCGAACGAUGGACCCGCCGCCCUUAUCCCCUCCUACAUACUUGGGUUCCUUGCGACUGUGAUCGUGGCAUUGCGGUUUUGGGCGAGGAGGUUGAUUGACCCUGCCUUCAGACUUGACGAUUAUCUUGUGCUUUCAGCCCUCGUUAUCCAUGCAGGUCUCUUGGCUGCUAGUACUGUCGCCGUGGUGAGAGGAGGGCUAGGGCGAGACAUCAGAAUUGUCAGUCAAGAACCUGGGGCUCUUAGGACUAGCUUUGAAAUGCUUUUCAUGGCGGAAAUAUUCUACGGAUUUAGUUCCACCUUAGUAAAAUUAAGCGUACUUGCGUUCUAUCGAAGGGUUUUCCCUAUUCGAGCCGUCAAAACCUCCAGCGUUAUACUCGCUUCGAUAUGCAUUGGAUGGUUGAUUGCCAUCCAGAUAGUAAACCUGGUACAAUGCCGGCCCCUUGAAGCUUUCUGGCGCCAAGAGCUUCAACUACUCCCAACGACACAUUGUUUAGACCCAAUUCUCUUCUUCAUGGGAAACUCAAUAGCCAAUUGUGUCAUUGACUUUGCCAUUUUGAUUCUUCCUAUUAGGGAGGUAUUGAAGCUGAAGAUGUCGACGUCGAAAAAAGCUGGAGUUUGUGGUAUCUUUCUUUUAGGAGGAAUGGCUUCCGCAGCUAGCAUGACACGCACAAUAUUCACAGCAGUGAUGUGGAAUGAAGGGACAACUAACUUUACUAAACAAUUUAUCCCGGGAAGUGUCGCUUCAGUCGUCGAAAUAUAUGUAGCUAUUAUAGGCGCGUGCCUUCCGACACUCGUACCUGUCUAUCGUAAAUUGCGUUACGGCGAUCCUCAUUCUAGGCCAUCGAAUGCGACAACGAUAGGCAGAAUAACCACACUUGGCAGGUCGUCGAAUAAGAAAUUAAAUAGUAGAACGGAUGGAGAGUUCGAGAGGCUGGACACAGACGAAGAGUUCCCCUUGGCUUCCCGUGGCGUCCAUCAUGUCAAUAUCAGCAGCUAUGGCGGUCCAAAUUCGCUGCCCACGACUUACCCGGAUAUUCCUCUUGAAGGAAUCAUGGUACGGCAUGAUAUGACUUGGUCGGACAACGGAAAGCCAAUAGUAUAAACUGGAAUGUGGGAUUUUGAUGCCUAUUCAGAUCCGCAGCGAUGUAAUAUUAUGUUUACCUAAUGAAAAUCUUUACGCUAUUUUCACAUUAGGGUAUUG